AUGGAGAAAUCGAAAAACUUCAGAAUCGACGCCCUGCUCGCAGAUGAGACCCACCGGGGCGGCCGAGACCUCUCCCCGGGUCUGAGCAGCGACAGUCCCGCUGGCAGCCCGGUCUCCUGCCGCCGUGCGGACACCCCGUCUCCACGGGCCGCACAACUUCAGACCGGACUAAUCCCCAAACCGAGUGUCCUGAAUCUCACCCAUCCGGGACUCGCUUCGCUGCCCCAGGGAGCGAUUCCCGGCAUGUACCCUGCGCCCAUGUACCCGCUGUCGGCGCUGGGUGGGCAGCACCCCGCCUUCGCCUACACCGGUUUCACACAACUAACGCAGACCUACCCGGAGCACCUGAAGGCGGCUGCCAUGGCUGGAUCUCUGCCCCUGGAGCACUGGAUCCGCGCCGGGAUCAUGAUGCCACGACUGCCAGAUUACAGCUCGGGCCCUCAGUCCGGCCUAUUGGGGAAAUGUCGGAGGCCCCGCACCGCCUUCACCAGUCAGCAGCUCCUGGAGCUGGAGAACCAGUUCAAACUUAACAAAUACCUGUCCAGACCCAAACGAUUUGAAGUGGCCACCUCGCUCAUGCUGACUGAGACACAGGUCAAGAUCUGGUUCCAAAAUCGGAGGAUGAAGUGGAAGCGCAGCCGGAAGGCGAAGGAGCAGGCGACAGCCUCCAACCAGUCUGACACGGAGCGACUACGCAGCGGAGGAAAAACAGCCACUGACAAAUCUGACGAGAGCAGACGAGCUGUGACUCCGGACGACAGGGGGAUAGAUCUCGGCCUGGAGGAUGGAGAGGAGGAGGAAGAAGAAGAGGAGGACGAGGAGGAAGAAGAAGAGGAAGAAGCCCAGCAUGGUUUUCCUGUUGCUAUGGGUAACAGAGUUGGGAUGCCACGAUCCACGGACUUCUUGAAGCGCAGCAACGAUGUUGGCUACAAUCCCCACAGCCCUUUCUCUGAUGAUGAGCUGGAGGGCGUGCAAGUCGGCGGAGGUGACAGGAAGAUUGGAGCAGGACUGUGA